AUGGCUGCUGUUUCCGGGGCUUAUGUCGCUACUUCCCAUCCAUACAUUGGACCGGGUGGGGGUGCUUCACCCAACGGCUAUCUGUAUCCCAAUGGAGCCGUUGCUACUGGCUUUGCUAUAGGAACACCUUAUCAGCCGUUCCUACCCUCGCGCCGUACCACAUGGGUGCCGCAACCUACUACGUCCCCACAACCACAUGAUGUGUAUGCAGACGAAGAAAGUCUGGCCUCGUUGCGUGCUGUGCAUGCAUACAGAGGUUCGCAGAGUCGUAUGAUGAAUUUUGAUCCUCACUGGGAUGAUGCGGAGCUCCUCACGGAGAUGCGCAAGACAUACGACAAACUUCGCUCGUGGCGGAGGUGGUGCUCGCUCAAGAACGUACGGUCUGUCACGAUGAUCUCAAGCAGGGACAAGUUCGUCUAUCCUCAGCGAAUUGGUCCAGCCAGAGUCAGUUCACGGCAACAUAUGCGGUUCCGGUUCUUCCUCAAUCACCCGGAGAAGCUGCGAGGGAGUCGGGACUUGAUGGGGCAACUCAUGUCGCGACCUGGCGUCGGCAUUGAGUUUGUCGAGCGCUGGCAAGCAAAACGGCUGACAUUCGCCGUCAUCGGACUGGUCUUCCUCUCGCUGAUAGUCUCUUUGACCUAUGCAUGGAUUACAAGAGACGUGUCCACUGCAUUCAGCAUCGGGUCAUAUAUGACCUCCGCCUUUUCGGUCAUCGUGGUGCUGGUCGGGAUACUGGGUCUCGUGGACCUUUGA